AUGGCAGAAAGACGUCGUUCAGCUAGAAUCAGUAGCAAGUCUUCCGCUUCUUCAUCUAUCGCGAAAGAAGUAGAUCAUUCGACACGCUCCAUAGAAACAGAUGAACACACUGCAAUCGACCAUGAUAACGAUGACUCCAAUUCAGAAUUAGAAUCAGAGUCAGAAUCAGAAGAGGAUGAUAAUGAGGAUGAUGAAGACUACAUAGAAUCGAGUAAGAAAAAGGGCUCUGCAAGAGCCACAACUAACAAAAGGAAAAGGACCAAUAACAAUGGCAUAAGGUCAACUAAUAAAAGAACUAAAACGGUACCGACUUCUCGAUCCUCUGUAUUAUCAUCCACUUCAGCAAAGAAGGACCAAGAAACUUACCUCGAAUUAAUUAAAGAUUUUGAACCCACAGAAUUAUUCGAAAUAUUAGCUACUUCAGAAGAUGUAUCAAUUGUGGAGUUAUUAACUAGUUGGCUAGAAACUUACACAGAAAACAGAGAUAAAUUUCUUAAAGAAUUCAUUAAUUUAGUACUAAAUUGUUGUGGUGCAGUAGCUACUGUAGAGGAUCACGAUGUUCAUAGCAAUGACUCCUCAAAUGAAACCAUUGGUGAAGUUCAAUUGAUGUUCCAGAGACAAAAGAUUCAUGAAUUCCAUUUAUUAGUGAGUAAAGAACACAAGAAAAAAUCAAAAUAUAAACCAUUAUACAACAAUUUUGUCGAAUUUAUGUCAAAAUUAUUGGACGUUGCCAAUGAUUUGCAACUACUCUUUAUAGAAUCUUCCCCGAUCAAUAAGAAUGACGAGACGAAUUCCGAGAAUAAUGAAAAUACAGAAAUAACAAUGGGUCCUUUGGUUCUUGAUUUGUUAACAUGGUUAUCAUCAUUUUCUGUCUCCAAAGUUAGAUCUUUCAGAUAUAUUUCCACUUUGUCAUUAUAUCUUUUCCAAGAUUACUUAACAAAUUAUAUAAUGAUACUAGAUAAGAAUUACUUAUCAAAACUUUCUAAACAAUUAGCUGUAGAAGAGAAAAAGAAGAGACCUAACAAGAAGACUUUAGAAAAAUUAAAUCUUACCAUAAUGGAAAUUCAAGGUAAUAAAACUGUCACGGAGAGUAUUAUCGAUAACAUUGUCAAACUUUGCUUUAUUCAUAGAUUUAAAGAUGUUGAUGAAUCAAUUAGAUCAGAAUCCAUGGUUCAUUUAGCCAUAUGGACUGAAAAUUUCCCAGAGUAUUUCUUAAAAGUCACCUUUUUAAAGUAUUUUGGUUGGUUAUUAAGUGACGAAUCAUCGUCUGUAAGAAUAGAAGUUUUGAAAGUAUUACCGAAAUUAGUCGUGGAUGAUCGUGGUAAACCUACUGAUAAUUCCUUUAUUAGACAAUUUUUUGAAAGAUUUAAACAAAGAAUAUUAGAAAUCGCACUAAAAGAUGUUGAUCUCGAAGUUAGAAUUCAAUCAAUUAAUGUUCUUACUGGGAUAUCAUCUUUGGACUAUUUAGAAGAUUCAGAAAUGUUAUUGAUUUUAAGUACGAUUUUCAGUAAUCAUGAUAUUAAAGUUUCUUCAACAAGUAAAAAUUCAAGAUUUUUGGCUUCUGUUGCCAAAUUUUUUGCUAGAAUCACUAAUGAAAAAUGUCAAGAAUUUAUGAAUGACAAUAAUCUCCCGAAAACAAUUGAUAACAUGUCCAUUGAUUCCACUAUUAAGAUUGGUAUUUUCAUCAGGUUAUUAAGCAAUUCAUUUGUUUCACAUCUAGAGAUGAUUAAAUCCGGAGUGGAACCAAGAGAAAAAAUACAUAUCUUAUUUCAAGCUGCUGAAUUUUUAUUCCCAUAUUUUGGUAGUCAGAUUGAAAAUAUUUGUCAACUAUUGAUCAAUGAUGAAAUAUCGAAUGAUAUUGCAAAGCAACUCUCUACCAAGGAAAAUGAUGAUCAAGAAGAGGAAGCUAACGAUGAUUUAGAUAUCACACCGUUAUUUCCCACAGAUAGUAAUAGCAUAGUUCUAUACGUCACUGUAUUGAAUGGGCUAACCCAAGGAGGUAUAAGCUCAAAAAAUUCUACAAAAUUCCACAUAUCGGAUAUAAUAAUACCAAAUUAUGAAAAAUUAAUGUUGAAUUUACCAUUACAAUCAAUUGAUAUAUUAGCCCCAAUUUUAGAGAUCUUCACUUUAUUCACAUUUGAAGAUUGGAUUCAUGCAGGCUAUGAAAAAACUGUUUCAAAGGUUACGGAGGCUAUAAUGAAAAUGUUUAAAGAAUCUAAUUUGGUUUGUUCAGAUGCUGAUAUGAAAUACCAAAGUUUUUCUAAAGUUUUUCAACAUAUAAAGAAAUUUGAAUUGAAAGAACUUGAUGAAUUAUGUGUCAAUGAAUUAACAUAUUUAAAGCUGCAGUUGGAAAACUUCUUGAAAGACAAAAUGGAAAAAAAUGAAAUUGGUAGCCCCGAAAAUUUCAACGAAACAAUUGUUGACCUUUAUGAAGUUUAUGUUAAUAAAUUAGUGCUGUUGGGUAAGGGAUAUACUCUGGAGUUUGAUGAGUCCUUGAUCAAAUUGUUUUUCAAAAACUAUAUGUCCCAUAUGCCAAGUAUGCUUGACUCACUCGAUAUUGAGACCAUCGAACUGAUGGAUUUCAAACUUCUGGUUCUCUUGGUAACAUGGCAAUUGCAAAAAUGGGAAGAUAUUUUUGAAAAUUUGGACCCUACAUCAUCACAAUUUAAUAAUACAUCUACUUUGAAAACAUCUAUGAAUACAAUCAUUUUAAUAAUUGAAAGCCUGAAUAAAAUUAUGAUAAAUUUACCUGCAUCCACUGAAUCAACUAUGACAGCAAUUUACUUGUUAAAUAGGUCACUAUCGAACUCUACCAUAGACAUUGUUGUUGCAGUUAGAGUAUUUGAACUAAAGUUACCAGACAGUAAUCCAUGGAAGGAAACUCUGAAAAAUAAAUUGCCUUAUUAUUUACAUACAGAUGUUAGCAAUACGUUUAUGGAAGUAUAUCUUUAUUUGGAAAGUUGUGCCGUAAAUGUGAAUGAAUCUGGUAUUCACUUGGACAGAUUAGCAGAAGAAGAUGUAAAUUUAAAUGAACUACCGAAAGAAGAACUAUUUGGUGGCAAUUAUGAAAGAGAGUUGUUAUUGUUUACCAUUAAACUGAAGGGUUUAAUUAAAUUAGAACUAUUAAGAGGUGAUAUUGUUUCAAGAAUUGCUUUAAAUAAAGAUCAUUUGAGUCCAUUGUAUACAAAAGUUAUCGACGAUACGAUUUUUAAGACAAGCACUACGGAAGCAUCCUCAACCAAGAGAUCCAUUGCAACUGUGAACACUAGGGAGAGAGAUCUUGAAUAUAAUGGAAUAGAAAGGAACAAUACUGAAAUGGAAGAGCAAGACCGUUUAGAUCCAAUUGAAGAUUCCUCUCAACCUACUCAAGAUGAUGAACCGAUGGUUACUAAUCGUCGAUAUGAAGGUUUGGAACCUAUUGAAGAACAAUCUCAAGAAUUAUCACAGGAGGUAUCCCCACAACCCUUCCGAUCUAUUUCAGAGAAUUUGUCAGGAAUUGGUGGUACAGCAGAUAGCCGAUCUAACAACAUUGAAGACUCUGAUGCUUAA